UUGACCUCUUAAUGUUAACUGUGGUAGGAGGGCAGUUACAAGCCAUUUCAGAGUAUAAAAACAGAUGAUCAGACGCUCCACCUGGUCAAGUCUGGUGAACAGGCCUCUUUUCCCAUUUCUCUGGCUCCUCGUAUGGCUUCUGAUGAGUACAAUCCGGUAUCCCUCAGACCGAAGUCAAAGAAGAAGAAUUGUGGAGGAAGUCCAAGAAUGAGCAGAAGGAGAGUUUCAGUGAAAGAUCUGGACCCAGUGGACCAUCAGGGCUGGCUUUAUAGGAAGAAAGAUGGGAAGGGAUUUCUGAGUAUUAAGUGGAAAAAGUAUUGGUUCGUGCUAAAGAAAACUUCUCUGUACUGGUACUCAAACCAAGGGGCUGAAAAAGCAGAAGGCUUUAUAAAUUUGACUGAUUUUGUAAUUGACAGGGCAAUGGAAUGUAAGAAAAAAUAUGCGAUCAAAGCUUGCCACCCCAAAGUUAUGAUGUUUUACUUUGCGGCUGACAGCAAUGAAGACAUGAAAUUAUGGCUGAAUAAACUUGGUCUGGCAUCUAUUCAGUAUGAACACACGGAGGGUCAUACAGCUGAAUGCUACAGUGAGGCCAGUGAUCAUGAGGAGUCUACUGACACACCUCCACCGCCAUACUCUGAGGACCACACCCAAACUGUAGCAAGUGUCAAUGGUCCAUCAUUAACUGUGCACCAGGGAAGCCUUCCUCCUCCAUAUUCCUCACCUGUUCCAAGUGAAGCCACCGGAACCCUCUCCUCCCCUGUCAGUACAAUGAACUCCCAAAGCUCUGUCUCUUCUCUGGCAAAGCAUAGACGGUCUUGGCUAGAUCUUGUCUCCCAGGCAACCCCUACUGGUGGGGAAACAGUGGUCUGUUCUGCUCUGGUCCAUACAAUGAGCAGCACAAUAAAGGAAACCUCACAAUCCAGUGAAGCCACAGUUCCAUCUCAAGACCCCCUUGAAUGUUCAUCUAGCACAGCACCUAUGGCAGUAUCAACAGAGCCAGAGAAACCAGAAACGCAGCAGGCCUCAAAUGACACCCGACCUGAAAUUCUAGAUGGACAGGAAGGAAAUGAUGAUGAGAUGGAAAGAUUGUACUUACAUUUGAAAAGAGCAAGUUUGUCUCCAACGGGUGAGCGGAAACCAUCAUCAAAAUGGGAAUUACGAGCCUCCUUUAUAAAGCGUUGCAAAAACAACACACUCAAUGAGAAGAUACACCUCAUCAGAACCCUCAACAGCACUCUAAAGGCUAAAGAAGCAGAUCUACUGACUUUGGAGCAGGUACUGGCUGACUCCGCUCUCACUGCAAGUAAAUUCAGGGAGUGGAAAGAGACACAUUCUGUUCUGCUGCAGGAGAUUGCUCUGAGCAGCCCCAUACAGACUGAGCCCUUGAACGCUCCCUCAGCUGUGCAUCCCUCAACAUAGAUGUGUAUACACACUGAAAGAGCAUACACCACAACACAAACACUGCACAAAUGCAGUAUGUUUUCAAAUCUGGUCAUGAUGUGAGAAUUAAAAUAAUUUAUCUAAGACAACCAUUACUUACACGUUCUGUCAAAUCAAAAUAUGUGAUUUCUUUGUCUGCAUUUGUGCAAACCUAAUAGUAACCUAAAGUGCUUAUUAUGUGCAGUCUGUAUAGCUUGUCAUGUUUUUUUUUUAAUAUUGUAAAUACAUCUGUUUAGAAAUAUUUAUUAAUUAAAAGUAUGAAAUGCAACUGUUUUGGUAAGAAGCUUUAUAUUUCUGAAUCACAAAUGUGAGCACUGUUCAUAGUAUAAUUAAUCUUAUUGUACAUCUGCACUGCUUUUUUUGACAAAGUAACUAAAUAUGUUUUUAACUCACAAUUUAUGGGAAAGAAUAUGUGCAUUUGCAUCACAUUUAUUUACUUAGCUUUACUGGCAUGAACUUGGCAUUGUUAGUUUCAUGCUCUACCAUUUGAGCUAUGGGAAGAUACUUUGUGUGAGGUGUUGAACAGACUGAAUUCAAAACAUUAAGGAUUAGUUAACAGCAUAGUUACAGCUCUUACUUCAUGACUGCACAUUCAAACUUGUAAAAAAAAAAAAGGAAGCCACUGCGAGACUGUAGAUGGCUGUGAUUUAUUGCAUUGCAAUAAUAGAAAGCUUUUAUUACUGUUACUAUUACUAAAAUUUUAUUUCGUACUGUAUUUCGUAAUUUUAUUUCAUAAAUUUUUUCAUACUGUGAAGGUGAGGGGAACAUCUGUAAUGUAGCCAUGCACACUUACUAGACGGUCUCAGUCUUGCAUUUAGAAGGCCUCAGAAGGACUGAACAAGGAAGGAUGCAUGCUUGGUAGGAUGGUUGUGGCUAGAAGGGAUACAUCGAUGGCAAGCAUUUUUUUAAGUACAAUAACCCCUUACAAUAAUGCAAAUACAGUCAUUACUGUUGUUCAGCAUGACAAAAAUAAGCCCUGGUGACCGUAGUUCACUACGUAGUAUCCUUUCUAGCCUUAACCUGUUAGGAUGCACCUUUCCAUUUUAGAAGAACCAAAAGUGUAUAGGGAGCGGUGGUUUACCCAGGUAUGAUAAAAAUGGAGCAUGACUAGGGAUAGAAACCGGCAUCCUCGUUGCAAAUGUGUUAAAUUUCUACCUCAGGUAAUCAGAGUAUGCACGGAGGCCGCAUGGUGUUCUACUGUUCACUUUUAUUAUCUCUAUUCUUUUUUUUUUUUUUUUGGUGUUCACAUUGACAGAACCGGGUGAUUAUUUCCAAAUUAACCUCACUUGAACCUCAGAAUUUAAUAAAAUUUGUUGUUUCCUCUGA